GAAGCCGAAACCCGCCAGUCUGAAUCGGCAGGGUCCACGGGACAGACGCCAACUAGCGAUUAUUUUCCAAAUAGUUGCAUUUUUGUAUUUUUACAUAAAUAUAAUAAUAAGUGACUGUUGAUCCAGUUGUCAACUUACAAACUAAAAAAUGGCGUUGGAAUUCAAUAAGUGUUGCUUCUGCAUAGAGCUGAGAACGGGAUGUCUGAUCAUCGGUUACCUGAACCUGAUCGGCAACAUCGUAAUGAUCUUGCUGUCGAUCCUGGGUCUGGCAGCCGCAGGCGUGGUGACGGCGCAAGGCAAGGAUGAGGAUGUGCAGGCAGUGGGAGCCGUCAUGUUCGCCGUCGUUGCGAUCAUGCUCGUCUUCCUCAUACUGUUCCUCGCGUUCACUAUAGUGCUACUGGUCGGAUUGCAUCAGUAUAAACGAGGACACAUAAAGGCCUACCUGAUCUACGCUCUGAUCUUCAUUGUGCUGUACAUCAUCAUGUUCUUCGCGAGCUUCGCGUCUGAGCACAUCGUCGCCGGCAACAUCGUCAGAGAUCUCAUCUCUAUCUUGUUGAGCAUUUACUUCUUGCUGGUGAUCAGAAGCUACUACCUGAAGAUGGACGACCCUGCCAACAAGCCCGCGGUCUACAACACGGCUUAAGUUACCUAAUUGUAAUUAAAUAUCUAUGAUAUUGAUUAAACAAUUAAUUAUCAGACGCGUAGCAUUUAUGUUUUAAUU